GGUGACAUUGUGUGUGUGUGGUCGGUUGUACAAUCCGGGAGUCGGGAAGGUUUCCCCCCAUCAGGUGACAUUGGUGUGUGUGGUCGGUUGUACAAUCCGGGAGUCGGGAAGGUUUCCCCCCAUCAGGUGACAUUGGUGUGUGUGGGGUCGGUUGUACAAUCCGGGAGUCGGGAAGGUUUCCCCCCAUCAGGUGACAUUGGUGUGUGUGUGGUCGGUUGUACAAUCCGGGAGUCGGGAAGGUUUCCCCCCAUCAGGUGACAUUGGUGUGUGUGUGGUCGGUUGUACAAUCCGGGAGUCGGGAAGGUUUCCCCCCAUCAGGUGACAUUGGUGUGUGUGGUCG